GCUUGCUUGCAAGGAAGCGCCUGCAGAGCUUUCCUAUUCCGAUUUCGGAAGCGCGGGUGUCAAAGGUGAGUUUUCUGGCGCAGCGCUUUGGCGAAGCGCGAAGACUCCCAUCGACGUUCGCGGUGGUGGGCUGCUCCGUUAGCCUGUGUUCGGAGGUUCAUGGCUAGGAUGUGGAUACAAUUCAUAGUCUGCCUGGUAUGGAGCAGGACAGCCUCUUCUUUGCGGUGCCCCAAUGGGCAAACAUGUGAAGGAUCUUCAACAUGUUGCAAGGUCCCUGGAGGAGAUGAGUAUAUCUGUUGCAACCAGCCUCAGUUCACAGGAGCAUCCCUGCGCAUGUUGCCCCCAGAGAGCAGGAAUGAGGUCUCUGGUGUUGUGUGUCCCGAUGCCAACACAUGUCCAGCAAAACACUCCUGUCAGCUCAGCCUGAAUGCCACCUUUGCCUGCUGUCCCUGGGAGGAGGCCACCUCUUGUGCUGAUGGCCACCAUUGCUGCCCCCUUGGCACCCACUGCAGCGCUGAUGGAAGAGUCUGCGUAGAAAAUGAAGGUUUAACCUCUGCUGCCAUAGUCACUGCUGUCCAGUGCCCAGAUAGUGAAUGGGAAUGCCCAAAUGACUCCACUUGUUGUUUGAUGGCUGAUGGAUCCUGGGGAUGUUGCCCAAUGCCAGAGGCAUCCUGCUGUGCAGACAAGAUUCACUGCUGUCCCCAUGGCACAACUUGUGAUCUGGUCCAGACCCGGUGCCUUGAACGUUCUGGGGAACAGCCUCUUUCAAAGAAAUUUCCAGCAAAGAAACGAACCCUGGUGUUAAAUCUGACUCAGGAAAACAUCUGUCCCGGUAAUCACUCUACCUGUCCAGAUGCUGCCACUUGCUGCCUGCUCCCAACUGGCCAAUAUGGUUGUUGCCUUUUACAAAAUGCUGUGUGCUGCAGCGACCACCUUCACUGUUGCCCUCAGGGCACUCAGUGUGACCUGAAGCAUUCCAUAUGCACCAUGACCCCCCAGUGGUCAUGGCCCAUCACCCACCUCUCUGUAGGCCUCCAGACAGCUCGCGAUAUACAAUGUGAUGCAAAGUUCACAUGCCCAGAUUGGAAUACUUGCUGCAAGACCACCUCAGAUUCCUGGGGGUGCUGCCCAUUGGUUGAGGCUGUGUGCUGCUCAGACCAUAUCAACUGUUGUCCAAAGGGUUACCAGUGCAACCUGGCAGAGGGCACCUGUCUGAAAGAUGGUCAGAGCAUCCCUUUGGUGCCGAAAAUAGACACAAACUCCACAGCAGCCUCAAAACUAGACACAAGCUCCACAGCAGCCUCCACAGGCACAGCGGUGCAGUGUGAUCCCUACACAGCUUGCCCAGAUGGCCAGACUUCUUGUCGCCUUGUAACGGGUGCUUGGGGGUGCUGCCCAUUGACACAGACCAUUUGCUGUCAGGACCACACCCACUGCUGCCCCAGUGGCUAUAUCUGUCUCACAUCAGGCAGUUGCCUAAAGGGCGGGGAUCGUGUCCCUUGGGUGGAAAAGACAGCAGCAGUUGUUGGCAGCCUCCUUUCAAGCAGGGGUGUAAAGUGCAAUGACCGACUUAGCUGUGCAGAUGGGCAAACGUGCUGCCUGUGUCUGGGAGUCUGGGCAUGCUGCCCCCUAUUUCAGGCAGUUUGUUGCCAAGACCAAGCACACUGUUGUCCUCAGGGUUAUACCUGUAACAUAACGCACAGCUCCUGCAUCAGAAGUGGGGACCCUUCCCAGGGGCUCUCAGUGACUCCCAUUCUGGCAAGGCAAGAGACGGUGAAGUGUGACAACUUCAGCAGCUGCAAAGAUGAGGAGACCUGCUGCAAACUGCCCUCUGGUGAUUGGGGCUGUUGCCCUUUCCCAAAAGCAGUCUGCUGCUCAGACCACUUGCAUUGCUGUCCCAAUGGCUACAUUUUCGAUCCAGCCAGAGGCAGCUGUGAAGAAUCAAAGCACUCUCUGCCUUGGGCACCCAAACUGCUUGCCAAGAUAUUGCAAAAGGAUGGCAUUCUCUGCAAUGGCAGUGCCAGCUGUGAGGAGGGGCAGACCUGCUGCCAGAGUCUGUCUGGUGCUUGGAGCUGUUGCCAGCUGCCCAGUGCAGUUUGCUGUGAGGAUCACCAACACUGUUGCCCCUCUGGCUAUACCUGCAACGUGGCAGCCCAGACUUGUGAGAAACAGCACAGGCUCGGCCCCGUUGCUGCCGCAGGGGGCCAGCUGACUUCCUCACAAGCUGCUGUCUCUAGACAAGAUGUCUUGUGUGGCGAACAGCACUACUGUCGCGAGGGCCAGACCUGCUGCAAGGCCAAGCGGGGUGGCUGGGCCUGCUGCCCUUACCAAAAGGGAUCCUGCUGUCAUGACAGGCGCCAUUGCUGUCCAUCAGGCUUCUAUUGUUCCUUUUUUGGAUUUCGGUGCUACAGAAGGAAGCCUCUCCGUUGGGACAUCAGUACCUUCUCCCCACAUUCUGUUGGAGCACAUGUUUUGCUUUGAAGUGUCUUUUGGGGUAGAUUUGCCUGAUACCUUGGGUUAGAGUGGGCUGUUUUGGGGAGAGUGGUGUAAGAAGGUGAACUAGGGCCACUUUUGCCCCAGAUUGCUAUUCAGAUCCUAAAGGAUGCCUACUGCCCUACACUUGUCACCACUGUGGGCCAAACAGGCCAUCUUCUCCACUUAUAACAAGUCAACCCUUGUAUUCCUACAUCUCAUUUUUCCUUCUUUCCAUCCAUGGUUCACUGCCCUGUCCAAAGUCAACAGGGCUGCAACCUGGAAUCCGGAAACGUUGCCAUCUUGAGCGUCUGCUCUGAAGAUUUCAUGGGUACAAUGAGUGUCUUUGCCUCUGUUAUUCCUUAAUCUUGAAAGGGAGGGGAGUUUCAUGCACUUUCCAAAAAAUAAAAAAAAACAUUGGAUUGGCAGAUGAUUUUGCCACAUUGCCCCUUUUGACCCUGUCCCACCUGACCCCACCCCACCCUGUCCUCUUCCCACUUGGGCCUGUGCGUUGCUCUUUAUUUUCUGGAUGGCAUCACCUACUGUCCAAAGAGCAAAAGUCUCUCCUUUUACUCAUAGCAUAGUGUUUGAAAGUUCAGAGGUGUUAAUUGUCCAAAUGAACCAUUGCAGAUGUCUUGAAUCACUUCUGCUUAAAGGAGGACUGCCAAGCCACCCUUCGUUGAGGUAUUAUGGUGAUUUCCCCCAUCUUCUUAAGAUCCUACUCUUUAUUUAUACACAGCCUCCCUUUUUCAGAAAGGCCUAGCACUGCUGCAAGUUGAUGCAAGCUUGUUUCUAGGACAAAUACUGGUUUUGUUUCAGCUGAUACCUGGAUUCUGGCACCUUAGCAAUUGGGGGGAAGAUGGCUUCAACUUACAAGGGACAGGUGCUUUUUCUGUUAGCAAACUUUGAUGCUAUGGUUGCAUAGGAAAAUGUGGAAAAAUCCAAUAAAAUUUGAUCAAGGUAAUGU